AUGGCGAGGAGCGGCGGCGGCGGCGGCGGGGUGGAAGGAGGUAGCGGCGGCGGUGGCAGAGGGCUGAGGAAGGGGCCGUGGACGCAGGCGGAGGACAAGCUGCUGGUGGACCACGUGCGGCGGCACGGCGAGGGCAACUGGAACACCGUGCGCCGGGACACGGGGCUGCUGCGCUGCGGCAAGAGCUGCCGCCUCCGGUGGGCCAACCACCUCCGCCCCAACCUCCGCAAGGGCCCCUUCUCCCCCGAGGAGGAGCGCCACAUCCUCCUCCUCCACGGCCUCUACGGCAACAAGUGGGCGCGCAUCUCCUCGUUCCUCCCAGGGAGGCCGGACAACGAGAUCAAGAACUACUGGAACACGCGCCUCAAGCGCCGGCAGCGCGCGGGCCUGCCGCUCUACCCGCCGGACGUCGAGCGGGAGAUCGCGUUUCUCCGCGCGCACAACGUCAACCCAUUAGCCGACGCCGACGCCAGCGCCCAGGCCCACGCCAACGCAAGCCUUCAGCCGCUGCCGACGCUCCUCUACGACGCCGGCAACCCGUUCGUCGCGCUGCCGCCCACCAUGCCGUCGCCGUCGCCCACGCACUCGCCGCUGAUCAACCAGAACUACCCGCUCCUGAACCAGAUGCAGGUGUUCCACCACCUCGGCAACAGCCAGCAGCAGCAGCCGGCGGCGUUCCACCAUGACGGCGGCAGCGCGGCGGCGGCGUUUGGCAGCGGCAUCGUCUCCUCGGGCCUGCCGCCGCUGCCGACCGCCGCCAGAGCGCAGGCGGCCGAGCUCCCUUCGAACCAAUUCGACACCUCCAGCAGCGGCAGUGGCAGCGGCAGCGUGGGGCUGCUGGAGUCGAUGCUGAUCGGCGACGAACACCUGCUGCUGCGGCCCAACCCGAGCAUGGUCAAGGUCCCCUCCAUGCCCGCGCUCUCCUACCGCGAGCCGGCCGGAUCCAGGCUGCUGCCCGCCCACGGCGCCGGCAGCGACGGCGACGUCACCUCGCACGCGCACGCGCACUGCCCUCCGGGAGAGGACAUCCACCAUGGCGCGACAUGGGACUUCACCUUCGAGGCCGUGGAGCCGGCGAAGAGGAGGACGGCGAGCGAGGUGGGGAUCUCCGACAUAUUCGCCAUCGCCCCGCCGGGGGAUUGGUUCGGCUUCGGCACCUGCGGCGGGUCGACGGCGCCGUCGCCGGGGCCGUCGUCGGCCGUCACCGACGAGGAGUUCACCCUGGAGAUGCAGCAGUUCAUGUCAUUGCUACCACUGUCGAUCGACGAGCACGGCUGGAACGCAUAA